AUGGUGAGGUCUCGUCACCCGGAGGUGGAUGACCCCUUGCGCAUCCCGACCGACGCCGAGUCGUUGGUCCUGUCGAGUCGCGGGCGUCCGCAUGGCCGUUUCCCCUUUCUGAAUAAGGCGGUCAAGCCUACCCACUCCACGAGCUACACGCGUCUCAAGCAUACCCUCACCGCCGACAGCCCCCAGCCUCGUCCACGGCCUGCUCGUCCACCCGCCUACGAUCCUGAGUUCGAGGCGGCCUUCGAAGCCUGCAAUGAAGCGUAUCAGCAGGCCGCUGCCCAGUGGAAUAGGCAGAAUACGGCCUACAUGGCGUAUAUAGGAGAAAUGAUGAUUUCUAUGUCUACUGGUACGCCGCCACCGGCUCGAGUUACCGUGGCGGGGGACAUGCCUAUCAUGCCAUCGAGGGCAGCUUUCGCUGCGACUUACUACGGAUCCACACCGGAGGUAAGUUCUUUGCCAAACCCGUAGUUACCACUUCCCUUUGCAUCGCAAGUUGCUAACAUGUAGGGAACACGUAGGGAACGGGAUGCUCCGGGAACUAGGCCUCGCCGGGUGGGCGCGAGGUCACACCGGUUUAUGAAG